AUAAUGACUGAAGUGCCCAAAAAAUCGGAGCCUUCACUUCGUGAAACAUUCCGUGCAUUUGAGAAAAAUUUGGGAUUCAAAAAUGACAUAAAAUGGCCGGUCGCUAUAUCUAUUAUUCUAUAUCAUUUAUUCGGCAUUUAUUGGUGUUAUCAUUACGCCUUACCAGUUAAAUGGCAGACUGUUGGAUUUGCCAUGUUUAUGUUUUUACUAAGUGGUUUCGGAAUAACGGGAGGGGCACAUCGGCUAUGGACACACAAGUCCUACAAGGCGACUCUACCACUCAAAUUGUUUCUCCUUGGUGCCUUUGCCAGCGCUGGUCAGAAUUCCUUGCUGCAAUGGGUCCGCGAUCAUCGUGUUCAUCACAAGUAUAGCGAUACGGAGGCCGAUCCACAUAACGCCAAUCGUGGCCUGUUUUUUUCUCACAUCGGAUGGCUGAUGCUCAAGAAGAACGACCAGGUCCUGGCUCGAGGGAAACAAAUGGACAUGAGCGAUAUUACUGGCGAUCCUAUUCUCAGGUUUUAUAACAAGCACUUUGCAUAUUUCAAGCUAAUGUUAUGCUUCGUGUUGCCGACAACUAUGUCGAUGUUAUUGUGGGGAGAGAAUUGGCGCUGUGCCAUAGCGUGGCAAUGUUUCCUGCGAUUCUUGAUAAUGUUUCACUGCGAGCUAACAGUCAAUAGCCUCGCUCAUGCAUAUGGAUAUAAGCCGUAUAACAAAAACAUUGUGCCUAGCGAGAAUCGGUUCGUAGCUACAGUUACUCUAGGUGAGGGCUGGCACAAUUACCAUCACAUGUUCCCAUUCGAUUACAAAGCGGCUGAGCAUUUUGACCCUUUUAACUGGUGCACAUACUUCAUAAAUUUCUUCAGAAGUAUCGGGUGGGCUUAUGACUUCCGUGAAGCAACUCCUGAGAUGAUAAAUGCGACAGCGAAGAGAUUAGGCGACGGCACACCAGUUCAUAACCCAGUGGAUAUUACCAAUUCAGAUUAUUGAUUUAUUUUUGAUUUUAUUUAUAAGAGAAUUUAAACCUAAAUAAUUAAGAUUACUAGCUAGAUAGUAUUACGUAGUUUUAUUUUGUUGUGUAUUUGAAAAUAUAAUGAUAAUAUACAUAA